UCCAGCAUGAACCCAAGAAAUUAGGUCACGGCGAAAUUUUAACGACCAUCUUGAACUUCUGACCAUUAUCUCUCAUCCUGAAUUAGAAUAUCACUACUGGAAGUAUAUAUAACAUUUUACUUCAUAAUAUUGUGCUGAUAAAGACGAGAUGUCAUGCGUAAGCCAAUACAAGCCCCCGAGCUUCAUAUGUAUACAAGCAUUCUCAGCGCCAUCCUUUCCCACGAGGUCAUUCUGCAAGGGAAUCAACCAUUCGCCACUCUAUCUCAAGAUAAAAUCUCAUGAGUCCAUCAAUAGUUUCUCCAUAAACUAUCAGUUUACUCCUCCAGGCACUUUGUUUAUGCCCCUCGGGCUAAGCGAGCAAUCCCACAUGGUCCCCCGCGGUCGGCUAGUUCGCCACAAAAAGCAUAGCGAACCAAGACACAAGCUCAACCUAGCCAUGUGGUUAACCGAGACAUUAACAGAUAAAGCUAUGAAGAUGUGUGUAUGAGAUGGUGAUCGAGGCCUACUAGGCAGGGAGAUUAGUCAAGGCUGCAAAUGCCCUGACGAAAAUACGGACGAAGGAUGACUCUUGAUAUGCGCACGUGCAUGACCCCCUCUGUUGAAUCAUUGGUGACGGUGGGGGUCAUGACGGAUGAUAAAGGGUAUUGAAUUGAGAAGAUUGGGAAAGGUUUGAGGAAGCUCAUUUAGAUCUAUAAUAACGAGGUUACCUCUGAGGUAUUGAUCGAAGAGAUGCAGGACUUGCAAAUGAACUUUCAGUCUUUCUUUCCGAUGCUGUGAUUGCGGAUUUGACGGUUCGGAAAUCGGCGAUGAAAGUGAAGAUGGGACAAUGGACAAGGCAAGUAGUUCUUCGUCGAGUAUCGAACCAAUCUCUAUUGGCUGCUGCCACAGCAGGAUGGUUUAAUCCCCAUCUAUCUUACAACCCAAAACGCCAGCAAUGCAUAUUUCGAAACGCCAGCCGUCCAAUACAUCAUUAUACAACCGCCUUCUGCAUACCAGUAGUCUCAUCCGUCAAUAUCGUGACACCCUUCCUCUUCUUGAUCACAUUCUCAAUGAACGCUUCUCCCGCCUUGUACGAACUACGGACCAGUGGUCCACUGGCACAGUAGAGGAAGCCCAGAUCGAGAGCACGCUGGCGCCACAGCUCGAAUGUCUCGGGUGUGAUGUAUUCUUCGACUUUCAUGUGGCGCUUGGUUGGACGCAUGUAUUGGCCGAAUGUUACGACGUCUACAUUGACUUUCCGAAGUUCUGGGAAAAUGUCAGUUGAGAAGUGGGGAACGUCAACAGAGCAGCUUACCUUUCAAUGUCGCCCACAGUUGUUCCUCAGUCUCGCCAAGUCCAAGCAUAAUGCUCGUCUUGGUUAUCAGGGUCGGAACAGUCUUCUUGGCAGCUUCUAAAACCAGCAAACUCUGUCUGAAUUUCGCCCUUCUAUCUCUAACAAAUGGAGUCAACUCUUCCACCGUCUCCAUAUUAUGAGCGUAAACAUCUAGUCCACUCCUCGCGACCAUGGCCACCAUAUCCAGAUCUCCCGCAUAAUCUCCCGUCAAUGCCUCAACUAGCAUAUCCGGCUUCUUCUGCUUGAUCUUCAUGAUCGUCUCUGUGAAAUGUCUCGCUCCACCGUCCACGAGAUCAUCACGAUCCACGGACGUCAGCACCACAUAUCCAAGUCCCCACCUCGAAAGUGCCUCUGCAGUAUGUUCCGGCUCGUGAGGAUCCAGCGGCGGAGGUGCCUUCGAAGUUUUGACACUGCAAAAUCGACAUCCUCGUGUGCAUGUGUCUCCCAUCAACAUAAUCGUCGCGGUAGCAGCGCUCUUGUCGCCUCCUCCCCAACAGUCCGAAAUAUUGGGACACCGUGCUUCCUCGCAAACUGUAUGCAGAUUUAACCCUCUCAGAUCUUUCUUGAUCUUCUUGUAAUUUGAAUUAUCCGGUAUGGGCGUCUUCAACCAUUCCGGGAGUCGAGUAAUCUGCUUUUUCUUCCCUGGUGGUCCUACCAUCGCAGUCCGCAAUUCGAGGGCAUCUUCGUUGGACAGGAUCUCGUCUUCUGCACCCAUGAACUCGUUGAAUGACGGUACGCUAUUCAGUUUGUCUUUGAAGUAUGUUGGGCGUCGUUUAGUAGGGGGCUCGAGAGAGGGAGCUUCGGUGGCAAAGCCUCGCGAUGUAAUUGAAGCUGGAAAUAAUGCGCGAGACGCCUGGCGCAGUGGAGGUGCAUUCAAGCACCUGAAUCUGAUCACUGUCGCUGCCAUUAUGAAUAUCCUUCACCUGGUCGUCAACGUCGUCGUGGAAUUCGAACUGUGGUGGAUGUUCGCCGGGUUCAACAAUUUCUCGAUGCUUUGCUUGGAAAUAUGAGCACCCGAUUCGCUCGGCCCAUUGUUGCCGAGAAGGCGCAGUCACGUGGUCCCAGAGCGAGCGUUCACAUUUUCCUCAUCCUCUCCUUUCUCGGCAACAAUGUUUACUUCCUUGCCUAAAGUCAGACGAGCCUACCCCGCUGAAUCUUGUUGUUUGACAGAUAUCAUCUUCAUGAGAAGUGUCUGAACCACAAUGGAUCUGUUCGUCCCUUAUCUCGUGUUCCGUAAUCGUUUAAACCUUGUCAAAUUUGCUCACAUUCUGCGCUGCAAUCUGUCAAUAAAUGCGCUUCGCGAAUGACUCUUUGCGGCACAGCAACACUGAUCUAUUCAUGUUAUUCGAAUUUUCCUGAGCACUUGGUUGUGUCGGCAUAGCGGGUCCCAGUUCUCCGUGCUUACUAGGUCGCCUUGCCACAAUCUCUACCGAUGCCUUCAGCUGUUCACCGCGAUUCCUCUAGGUGCCCAAGUCGCAUAUUUGGUCAAGGAACGCUCAGCCAUAUCAUUACCAGCGCAGGUUCAUCGUAUUACCCGACCCAUAGAAGCCCCCUACCAUGAUAAUUAGUGCCGGCGUGUAAGACUCACACCGGAUUGCAAAUAUCAAAAGUGGAUCGGGUGGUCCUUUUUCCACCUUCCUAUUUCGCCAAGGCUUAUUUUCACAUCCACCCGCUUGUCAAGGUGUAUCCAUUGGUCUCUUGCUUCUUCAAAACCAACGACAUAAGAUCCUUCUCUCAUCUACUAUAUCUUCGGGCUUCAUUGAGUCCUUCUCGUCUUUUCCACGUAUGGAUGCGAGAUCUUAACAGCCAAAUAUAUGAUAACGGCGAGACAAAAUCCACUGUUGGACAAUCGACGUCAAUAUCUAUUUCACGAUGAGCUGGACUCUUGAUCUAUUGACAACGGAAUAUGUCUUGGCAUCUCUUGUCCUCCUAUGCUCAAUAUCCUCUAUCUGGUCCCUCAUCACCGGUCGUUGGCGAGCCGUCAAAAGUCCCAACCAGGCCGAGACCCUUUACGAGGAUGAAGAUGGAGCGGCGACGACAGAAUCGAUGAAGCAAUUUUCCAACAAAUCUCAAUUUAUUAUCAUAUAUACUAUCAUCGUUAUUGGAUUUGCGCUUUCAAUUGCAGAUUUUAUCUGCCUCAUUGUUCUGUCGCGGACGGCUCAUGGCUCAUUUGCCGACAUCCCUGCAGAGAACAACGCUCAUGGAAUCGUACUUUUGAUUCCUUCAUGGUUUCUGUUGCUUCUGCAGCUUAUCAGCAUUUCAAGGAUCGUCGAGCCUGUUACGAGGUUUAAAGCCAUCGCAGCACGGCUGAUAACUUGCGUCCUCAUCGCUGCACUUACUCUUGUCACUCUUCCGGGUGAUGAGUUCCGCGUCAUUACAAUUCUGACCAUCGGCCAAUUGGGCGCCGUUACAGUGCUGGCCUCCACGAUAUUUUCUGUGAAAAGACGACCUGAUCUUUACCGUCCAGACGGCAAACUCGUUGAUCGUCAACGAAAUGUUAGCUUGUGGGGCAGGUACAGCUUCUUCUGGGGAAACCCGGUGCUCGCAGCUGCAGGCAAGGAGGAAUUUAAUAACUCCGAUAUGCCUGCAAUGGAUCAUGUCGUGCGAUCAGAAAAGGCUACUGCGAGAUUCAGAAAUAUCGUGAUUAAAGAAGACAGUCUCCCGUUGUGGGUUCAGAUAUUCUGGGCAUUUAGCUGGGAACUCAUCGUACAAUGGCUGGGUAUUCUCUUCUCCAAUUUUUUCGAUGUUGCGCCAGCCUUCGCGACUUUGCAAUUGCUGAAGUACCUUGAGACUCGGCAAGACGGAGAUGCUCUUGAGCCCGGUGCUUGGAAAUACGUUGCUGGAAUUGUUGCAGCCACCAUAAGUUCGAACAUCGUCGACUCAAGACUCAUGUGGUGGGUAUUGACAGACAUUCACAUCCCUCUCCGUUCACUCCUGACGGGCCUGGUGUACGGAAAAAUGCUCAAAGUGGAGGACUCGAGCACGCCUCCAGAUGAGAAGUCGUCCGAAGAUGAGGAAGCAAAAAUUGACAACGCCAAGACUACAGACAAGGUUCAAUCUGCUUCCCAACAAGACGUCCUGAACAUGUUUGCGGUCGACUGUACCCAAGUCGCUCUUUUCGGUAUGAUGAACACUGCCUAUGUCAACUUUGCUGGCAAGGCGAUUGUGACCGUCGCCUUUUUAUGGGUUCUCAUCGGUUGGCAAAGUCUUUGUGCUGGGCUGUUGGGAAUUAUUUGCCUUUUCCCAAUCAACAAAGCUCUCGCCGCCAAAUACGGGAAGAAGCAAAAAGCAUUGAUGGGAAUCCGAGAUACGAGAACAGCAGUCACCACUGAAGCGCUCCAAGGUAUUCGACAGAUCAAAUUCUCCGCGAUCGAAACUCAGUGGGCCGAGAAGCUUGACUCCAUCAGAGAGGAAGAGCUUUCGACUCUAUGGAAGUCUAGACUGUACAGUAUCUUUAUGUCUAUUGCCUCGAAUUUCACUCCGGUGGUAUUGACAGCAUUGUCGCUUGCUACUUAUUCUUGGAUCAACGGGAACCUCCUACCAUCUGUCGCCUUCACAUCGAUCAGCUUGUUCAUUCAGCUCGAAGGCCUUGUGUCAAACAUUCCAUAUCUGCUUGUCUCCGCUAUUAAUGCGAAAAUCAGUAGCGACAGAAUUGAGAAAUUCCUUCGCUUGCCUGAAAAGCCUGAAAAUACAUUCCCAGGAGAUUCAAUAUCAUUCCACAACGCAUCUGUUAGCUUUCCUCGCGGAUCCGCAGACUCGAAUGCAGACACCUUUACACUACGAGAGCUAAAUCUCGAGUUCCCUAAUGAUGCACUGAGCGUGAUCUCAGGCCCAACUGGAUCAGGAAAAUCACUACUUCUUGCUUCAAUUCUGGGCGAGGUCCAUCUUGAAUCGGGCUACAUUAGAGUUCCUAAAUCUAUCAACGAGAGAUUCGAUUCCAAGGCCACCGCGGCAGACUGGAUCAUCCCGUCUGCGAUAUCGUUUGUCUCUCAGACACCAUGGAUCGAGAACGCCACCAUCAAAGACAACAUUCUCUUCGGCUUGCCAUUCGAUCCAAUCCGAUACGGAAAGGUCAUCGAUGCCUGUGCACUGACGCAGGAUCUCGCAAUUUUCGAGGAUGGUGACCAGACCGAAGUAGGAGCCCAAGGUAUCAGUCUUUCAGGUGGGCAGAAGUGGCGCUUGACGCUUGCGAGAGCCUUUUACUCAAGAGCCGGCAUAAUGAUCAUGGAUGACGUCUUCAGUGCUCUUGAUGCCCAUGUGGGCAAACACAUUUAUGAAAAUGCAGUGAUGGGCGAACUGGCUGAGGGCAGAACAAGAAUUUUGGCCACCCAUCACGUUUCGCUUUGUUUGCCGCGAGCCAAAUAUGCUGUUCGUCUUUCGGCUCGAGGUGUGCUUGAACAUGCAGGAUUACUCGAAGACCUUCGACAGACUGGAGAAUUGAACGAGAUCCUCGAGGCCGAUGAUGUUAAAGACACAACCGAGAUCGAGGAAGAUGAAGUUCUGCGUAUAGUGAAGACCAAUGGCUCGACUGCCAUCCCAUCUCAAGACGCUGCAAUUGCAGCAAAAGCUCCACCUAAAAAGCUUCAUGAGGAGGAGAAACAAGAGACUGGCCGUGUCAAGACUGCUGUCUACAUCGGAUACCUUGGUGCAUCAGGAGGCUGGCUACUUUGGUCAACCAUUAUUGUACUCUUCAUUGCGACACAAGGGUUCACAUUGGGCCGCACCUACUGGGUUCGUACCUGGGCGAAUGAAUAUGCAAAGACUGAGGAGUCUGGAAACUCCCGAGCGACAUCCUUCACAGCGUUCCACUACGGAAGCAAUCUUCAAACACAUUUUUCCGGACGCAUCGGAAACCACAUCAGCCCUGUCAACUCUACCAUGUCUACGAGUUCCAUCCUACCCAUCGAUGUCCACAACAGAAAUCUUUGGUUUUACCUCGGCAUAUACUGCUUCAUAUCGACCAUUUCGGUCUUCUUCUCAGUUGGCAGUCUCUACGCAGUAUAUGCAGGAUCUAUUCGCGCCUCUCGAAAGAUCUUCAAGGAUAUUCUUGACAGUGUGUUGCGUGCGCCUUUACGCUGGCUCGACACAGUACCAAUGGGCAGAAUCCUCAACAGAUUUACUGGAGAUUUCACCAACCUCGACUCAACCCUGGCCGAGAAUUUCUUCCACUUUGCCGGCGCAGUCGCUGAUACCAUUGGAAUCAUGGUUGCCGCUAUCUUUGUUUCUCCAUUCAUCCUGAUUUGCGCUACGGCUCUCUUGCUGGUGUGCAUGUACUUCGGGAAGAGUUACCUGGCAGCAGCACGAACUGUCAAACGUCUUGAGUCGACGAACAAGUCACCAGUCAUUUCACAUUUCGCGGCAUCGCUGAGCGGUCUAUCAACCAUCAGAGCUUUUGCCAAAUCGUCUGAAUUCAGCGAUCGGAUGUUCACCCUGAUCGAUGACUAUGCAGCCUGCACGUGGUUCAACAGUCUUUUCCGAAACUGGCUCAGACUUCGUAUCGCUAUCACAGCUUCACUCUUCGCGGGCACUGUUGCGACUUUCGUCAUCACGAAACGUGGGAUUGAUGCCAGUCUUGCUGGUUUCGCACUUUCCUUCGCUUUGAGCUUUGGGUAUCGAAUCGGAUGGGCUAUCAACAUCUCGACUCAGCUGGAACUUGACAUGAAUGCGACUGAACGUAUCUUUGAGUAUAGAGAUUUGACGAUCGAGGACCAGGGUGGGGAGGAGGUACGUGCCACAUGGCCUGAAGUUGGGAAGGUCGAAGUGAAGGAUCUUGAGCUUGGAUAUGCCGAUGACCUUCCUGCUAUCUUGAAGGGGUUGACCUUCACCGCCGAAGGGAACCAACGUAUCGGUGUCAUUGGCAGGACUGGAGCAGGCAAGUCGACUCUCUCCCUGGCGCUCUUCCGGUUCCUCAGUGCCCGCUCGGGAAGCAUCACCAUCGACGGAGUCGACAUCUCCAAAAUCAAGCUCCACGACCUGCGCACACGCCUGGCAAUCAUCCCCCAAGACCCCGUCCUCUUCUCCGGCACCAUCCGGUCCAACCUUGAUCCCUUCAAUGAAUUCAGCGACUACCAACUACGCGAAGCACUCAUGCGCGUGCAUCUCAUCCCGUCCACAACACACACGCCUAUUCCAGAAGAUCCCGAAUCCUCAACAGCAACAUCGACCACAGCCAUCGAUCCGUCCCAACCAAGCGAAAACAAGAACCCCUUCCUCUCUCUCUUAUCCCCCAUCGCCUCCUCAGGAAGCAACCUCUCCCACGGACAAAAACAACUCCUCUGCCUCGCGCGCGCCAUCCUCUCUCGUCCUAAGGUGCUCCUUCUGGAUGAAGCUACCUCCGCCGUAGACAUGGCGACCGAUUUACUCAUCCAACGCUCCAUCCGUGAAGAGUUUGCGAAUACCACAUUACUUGUGAUUGCCCAUCGGUUGAGCACCGUGGCGGACUUUGAUAAGAUUCUUGUUAUAGGUGAAGGGAAGACGAGGGAGUUUGGGUCGCCGAGGGAGUUGCUUGAGAAGAGUGGGGGAGGAGAGGAUAGUGAAGAGGGCACGUUUAGGAGUAUGGUUGAGUCGAGUGGGGAGAGGGAGGAGUUGGAGAGGAUGAUUUUGGGGGGUGCAGGGAGGGUUUGAGAUGUGUUGUAUUUCUUGGGUAUGAUUUGAGGGUUGUUUUCAAAAGAAUUUGUGUUGUAGAUAUAGAAAAGAAAUGUGAAGGGGUAGUAUAGUAUCCUGUUAUCAGAUUUGUUGUAGAAAAUACGUUCCUUUAGAGUUGAAUCUAUCGUCUCUUAAUUUAGCUAGGUCACAUAUGUAUUCAAGUUUUCACUCGACGAUUGUAAGUAAGCACAGAGAUCUCAGAUUGAUCAAACUGAUAAUUAUAUUCGGAUUGAUACUAUAUAUAAAGCUUGAUAGAAGAGAUAUGAAUAAAGCUAAUUCAGAAUAAUAAUAACUCGAAAUAAUAAGACUUCUGCGUAAUUAAAAUCGAAACCUAGAUUUUGUUUUCUUUUUCUUUUUUUUCUCGCAAACCAGAACCGUCGUUAAAUCCAGAAUCCAAAUGGCCGUGUCGAUUUAUUUCAUGCUCUAUUCAACCCCGCGUAUCUCAUAAUACGCUGAUGACUUCGGUGUUUUCCAAUAUAGUUCACAGUCCCCUCCAGCUUCACGUGCUCAUCAACAGCUUAGGUAAUAAUCCAAUCCUGAACAUUCUCUGCCUCAGCGGCAAUACGAUUGAGGUCAUUAAUAAUCAGGACACGCAACUCUCGCGGGAUAUUAGGCGGGAGCUUUCUCCCACCCACCGCAAACCGAUCAACACAGAACCUAACAAACGCCUCCCUCCUCGCCGACCCGACUGCAAGCGAUUUCCACAUCCUCGUGAUCUGCAAUCCGCCCUGUAGCCGUCGGAUCCUCUGAGCAUGAGCAUCCAGCUCACGCCAAUACACCUGAUGGACUUUCUGGGCCGGAGCUGCCAUCGCCAGCCUAGAUGCACGCUGUCGUUGCUUGGCAGCUACUUGUUCGUGCAGUUGGGGAAGAUUCCACUGUCUGGCUGUUAAUUGGAGGGUGGCGGUAAACGUGGGAGAGGGUGUACGAGUAACCUCGGGCGGGACCCGCAAUUGAUGGGUUUGCAGCCAACAGAUGACGGUCGCGAAUACGGCGGGCUCGAUAAGGAGGGGCAUUUUGGUUGGUUGGCCGUGAGGGGUAUUCCGGAGUGCCGUUGCGAAGACGGGGCAGAACUUCAUGAUGCGGGCUGGGAUGGUGAAGAUCUUGGUCAGCGAGGAUGUAGGGGAGGUGCAGUUGACGUGGACAAUGUCUCGAGCUGUGUUGUUGCCAGCUCGCGUAGUAGCUACCCGAGCUUUGGCAUUGCGAUGUGCUUGAGUUACUCGUCUGGUUUGAUAGACCUUGCGUCUAGAUGUAGUAGUUGGAUGAAUAGCCAUGAUAAAGGUCAAGCUAAUAUAUUACCACAGAGGGCGUAGUUCUUGCUAUAAUAUGUCGACUGGUGAAGUAACAAGGGCUAAGGACUGAGACAA